UUAUAGAAGUAGGAAACAAUUAAGGCAUAAAUUAGCUCUAAUAGGAAUCUAAUUAUCUGAUGCACCGUUGGUUGCAUAAUCGUUGGCAGCCAGAUCUGAGCGAGACAACGCAGGAGUCUAUAUAUUUGUGGAUGUAUCAAAAUACAUGCACAUAACAAAACCAAAAAUAUGUGUUCGUAGUUGCGUGCUGUGUGUGUAUAUAAACGCGGAUUAGUUCAAUACCAAUUAUGUGUCCAAAUGUGCAGAGUUAGUUAGGAUAUAGAUAUAUAUAAAUACGGAAAAUAUACAUCGGCAUCGGAAAAUGGGGCCCAAGAAGAGGAAAGCCGCCAAGCAGCCCCAAGCUCUAUCAUCGGAUCAGGAGGAUGCGCCGAAGACAACAACAACAGCAGCAGCAGCAGCAUCGACGAGGAAGACCAGGUCUCAGGGAAAGCUUAUUAAGAGAGAAGUGCCCCAAUUGCUGCCAGUGAAAGGAGUGAAAAAGAUGCCUGCAGUGAAACCCAAGCCCCGAUUAACAAAGAGGAUUGGCAAGUUUCGUGGCCUGAAUGAAGUGAGCACUGAGGAGGUUGCAGUUGCUUCUGCAGAUGCAGAGGAGCUUAGUAGCAGCAGCACCCCAAGCACUGAGAGCCUUGAGCCUCCCGUUGAAACCAUGGAAAUUAAAGAUGUUGAAUGUGAAGAAUUAAGUGAAGCACAAGAGGUGCAGGAGCAGCCAGAGGCGAUCAAUUCUGAUGAUAUUGAGUCUGAGGUUAUUCUGGGCUGCAUCGAGGAAGAUUUUUAUGUGCAACAGGAGGAAAUUAUUGCUGAAGAGGACUCAAACACAGUCACUAAAAUUGAAGAUACACAGGAAUAUCAAGAUAAAAUUGAAGCAAAUAAAACAGAUGAAAUGGAGCAUAUCCAAAUACGCAAUGAUGAAAUUCAAGAGGAAAUGAUUGAAAAUUCAGAGAAUUUAGAUGUUAUGGAAGUAGAAACUUGUAAGGAUAUAAUUAUGGGAAGCUCUGAAGAAAGUAUUCCAGGUGAUAAAGAAGAAAGUAUACCUCAAGAUGAUAAAGUAAUAGUGGAAACUGUAAGCAGUGAAGAUAGUAGCACCAUGACUAGUAAUAGCGAAGAAAUAACGACGAGCGAGGAAUCCGUGAACGAUGAUAACAAACGGGAAGAGAUCGUAGAAACUGUAGACGGAGAUGCGGCAGAACAGCAAGAUUUAAAACAUGAGACUGUUGCGAGCGAGGAAGACUCUAAUUUCACUAGCGAAUUAUCAGAUAACGAGGCUCAGAUUGCAAGCGCGAAAAACGAUGAUGAAGUUAAAAACGUGGAGGAAGUAAACGAAGAAACAGAAAUUCAGGUGACGACAGUGGAAGAUGCGGUGGAAAAUUCCGAUGUUUCGGAAACGACUGAUAUUUUAAAAACUGCUUCUGACGUGUCCAGCGAAGAUUCAGAGGUGAAGAGUAGCUCGGUCUCAUCGAAUACGGACGACAGCGAAUCGAAAUUGGAGGAGAAAAGUAGUGAGGAAGAGGUGAUCACCAGCGAUGUUAAAGACGACAAUGUGAUUGAUAGCGAAGUUAAAGACGACGAGGUUGAGGGUAUGGGUGAUGGUAAAGGGGAAAUAAGUUUGGAGACGAUUAGUAAGAGCAUAGAGGAGAUGGAAGACGAUAAGGAGGUGGAGGUGGUGUCCAAGGAGAUGGUAGAGUUGAAGAUCGAAACUGAGGAUAAACCCAAGGUGAUUUUGCCGAGUCGGAAGAGUAAGAGGAUUUCGUUGAAGCGAGAUAAGUUGAAGGCGGCCAGCACGGAUGUGAAGGCGAAGGAGGUGGCUAAAGAAGAUGAGCAGGAUGAAGUCAAGGUGGAGAUGAAAACUGAAGAGGAGAAGCCUGCAGAAGAAGCGGAGGUGAAAACUGAGAUAAAGGAGGAGGUUUUGACGGAAACGGACACGUCGGAGAAGAGCGACGAGCCCAAGGUGGAUCCGCCGAAGAUCGCGAUCAAAAAGAAACUGAAGAAGGAGCAAGAAACGAAGCAGACUGAUAACAAUAACGUAAAGAAAAAGAGGGUGGUGAAGGUUUCACCGAAGCAAACAGCAGCUUCGCGGCAGAGCAAGAAGAACGAGGAGCUGGCGAACGAAGCCAUCCGCAGAUCGAGUCGCAUCAAGACGAUAAGCAGCCAAAAGAAGUCUGCGAGAGGAAAGGGUUUGGUGAAGAAGGAAUCGAAUAACACGGAUAAUUCGGAUAACAGCAACUCGGGAAAUGCGGAGUACGAGAAGUCUUCGAGGGAUUCACCGGCUUUGGUCGCGCCCACGAAGAGUAUCGUCGACUCGAAACCGGUGAAGGUCAAAUCGCGCUGGAGACGGACCAGCGAAUUGGAAAUGAACACGAGCAGAAGCUCCUCUUCGUUGGGUGAAAGUAGCGUGGUGAAUGCCCAAAGUGGAAACAAGAAGAUGGAAGUCGACGAAGAGGUGGAACGACGCUUGAAGCAGUUCGUGCAUCUCAAGGAGAAUCAGUAUCUGACGGAAAGGAUCAGCUGCAAGGAGGCCAAGAAAAUGACAUGCGACUGUUUCCUCACGCAGGAUGAAAUCCAACAGGGUGAGUUCGGCUGUGGAGAGGAUUGCCUGAAUCGAUUACUCAUGAUUGAAUGCGGAAAUCUAUGCACGGUGAACGACAGGUGCACGAACAAGAGGUUCCAGAAGGGACAGAGCGCCCCGUGCGAAGUAUUCAGGACGGAGAAGAAAGGUCUUGGCAUUCGAGCUGCUGCAAACAUCCCUUAUGGAGAAUUUAUUUUGGAAUAUGUUGGCGAAGUUUUGGAUCCGGAGGAGUUUGAGGAUAGGGCAGCCGACUAUUCCAAGGAUAAAAAUAGACAUUACUACUUCAUGUCUUUAAGAGCUGACGCUGUUAUAGAUGCAACACAAAAGGGUAACAUUUCGCGAUUCAUAAACCACUCGUGCGACCCGAACGCCGAGACCCAAAAAUGGACUGUGGGAGGUGAACUCAGGAUCGGAUUUUUCAGCACUCGAACAAUUUUAGCCGGUGAAGAAGUCACAUUCGAUUACCAAUUUCAGAGAUACGGAAAAGAAGCGCAGAAGUGUUUUUGCGAGGCAACGAACUGCAGAGGGUGGCUAGGGGAAGAGCCUGAUGAUGAUGAAGAAGAAGAAGAGGACGAGGAGGAUGAAGAGGAAGAGGAGGGAGUCGUCGAGAAGGUCAUUGAGUUGGAUUCGGAGAAGGUCAAGGAGAUCGUCAGCGAAGAGGUAGCGCCGGAGAAUAUUAAGGAAGAGGAGAAGGCCGAGGAGAAGACUCUGGAAGUAACGGAAAUUCCGGUACAGAAGGAGAAAUCGCCGAAGAAGGAGAAGAAAGCGAAGGUGAAGAAGAUCACGCGAAAGGACAUCUUCGAGGAUCUUGCUCUGGACGAUGAAAUAGCGUCGCUGCAGACGACCGGGCUAAAGAAUCAAGCGCAUACGUUGAAGCUGAGCAGGUUGAUGGUGCGCGCCAAGGAGAGUAAUCAAAGGGCGAAAUUGCUAGCGAUCCUCAAAGCCGGGGAUAUGCCCUGCAGGAGACUCUUCUUGGACUACCACGGGUUGCGUUUGAUGCAUGGCUGGAUGACGGACGCCCAGCAGUUGGCCAGCGAGGAUAACGAUAUGGAAUACAUGCGCCUGGAAACGCUUCAGACGUUAUCCACGCUGCCCAUACCCAAUAAGACGAUGCUUCAGGAUUCGAAGGUGCUAUCGCUCGUGGAGAAGUGGUCGGUUUCUGAAAAGCCGGCUGAAUCUUCAGAAGAUUCCGAAAGCAAUUCACCGCAGUUGGAGCAGGAGCCGGUGCCCGAGGUGGUGCCGGAGAAGAGAGAGGAACCGGUGGAGAACGACGACGAGGAGGAGAUCAGGAGAUCCGUAGGAAUGGACUUUGUGAAUCGACCCACGUACAAGGAGUUCGAUUUCAAGAAUAUAGCAGAUGAACUGAUCAAUAUCUUCGAUGAUGCUGCGGAGGCUUCUCCGAUUGCUUUCGAAGAGAAGGAAGCUGGUAACAAACCGAACAUAAUUGCGGAUAUUUUGGCUCUCGCUUCGAAGUUAUUGGAGACCUGGGCCAAUUUGAAGGAGGUGUUCAGGAUCCCUAAGAAGGAGCGGAUAGAACAGAUGAAGGAGCACGAGAGGCAGGCGGAUAAAAGAUAUAAGGCGAUGGCCUUUGAGCAAGUGGAGAAUCAGGAAAAGAGGGGCAGGGAGAACAGAUAUUCGAGGUCCAAUUAUCGUCCGUCCAACAGAUUCGGGGAUUGCGACAGAAACCGCAAGAAUGAGAGGAUACCUUCAACUGGUAAUAGCGUUUGCUCGACCGGUCAUAAUUCUUAUCCGAGGAUAAGCAAGCACGAGAGAAGAAAACUGUUUGCUAUGCAGGUGGAGCAGCAGGCGGAGGAGGAGAGACGCAGAAAGCAGAGGGAGUCGUGGAGGCAACACGAGAAGCACUGCAUGAUGAUGGGCACGGAUCCUAGGUUCACGGCACCCUACGAUCCGAAUCGUGGUUACCAGUGUAUAUGGAAUCCGCAGAUCGGACAGUGGCAAAACUACGCUCUGUCCUCCGAUCAGCACGUCCUCUUCAAUCAGAUGCCCAAUUCGAAUUUUCCCUUCGUGCCUAGACCUCAGAACAUGUCGGUGCCUCCACCGCAGAAGAUGCAUUCUAUACCGCCACCGCAAGUGCACGGGAUGCCGCACGUCAUGCCCAACAUCCAUAGUCUUCCACCAACCGCAAUCAAUCAUCCAAUGCCGAGCGGAAUUCCGGCCGCCCUCGUUCCGCCCAUCGUGGCUCCACCUACGAUGGCCGAGGCAAGUAUGGGUUCGAUGCCGCCCAUGCCCAAUAUACCGCCAAUGCCAACGCUUCCAUAUCACGACAAAGUCGAGGACCCGUCGCAGGUGACGUUCAUGGGUCCCAUACCACCGCCCGCCAAACUACCAGCAAAGUGGAAAUGCGCCAAGGACAAAUACGGCAGACCGUACUAUUACCACGUCAAGAUUAGGAAAUCGCAAUGGGAGCCACCGGAAUUACCACCUGAAGAAGUCGAAUAUUAUUCAGAGUCGACGUCGAGUUCGGACACGAGCAGUCUGAGCUCGGAUUCGAGUUCGGAGGAUACGGACAGCGAUGACAUCGAUGAUGAACAACUCAUGUUGGAGAUCCGCAGCAAGUUCAGCAGGAUGGAAGCGCAGAAGAAGCUGUUGAAGUCACGCGGCGGAGAUCCCGAUGACCUGGAGCACGGCCUGGCGGAGGCGCACGACAGUAUUAUGCCCGAUGAUCUGGACGAGUCCAGUCUGCAGGACGAUGACAGAACUGAGGACAAAUCGUCUUUGGAUCGGAGGAUAGAAGAGUUGGGCAUUCUCAGGGAUACGCCUCCAGUCAAGAAGCGCAGGAUAGGGUUGGUUCAGGAAAUAAUUAUUAGCCCAAGAACUGAGGAGGACAGUAAACAGUUUAAGGAGAAUAUCAAAAAGUACAAGCAAAAUAAGGAGAAGCUGCGGAAGCAGAAGGAAAUGAUCAUGCAGCAAAGCAAGAAGGUGAUGGCCACGUUGCCUCCGAGCACGUCCUCCACGACCAGUCUGUCGACGCCUCCUUCCACGCCCUCCUCGGCAUCAAGCGGCGUCAAACCGAAGAAGAAGUUGGCGGUGAAGACGAAGCUGAAAGAGAUGGACAACAAUAACGAGGCGAGUCGCAAGAUCAAGGAGAUCUUCAGGUCGAAUAUGGCCGGAGUGAUGGUCGGUAUCUUGAACGCGUAUAGGAAAUUAGACUGCAAGCAAGGACGAAUCACGAAUACCGAUGACUUCAAGCAUUUGGCCAGAAAGUUAACGCAUUUCGUGAUGCUGAAAGAGCUGAAGCACUGCCAAAAGAUCGAGGAUCUGACGUGCACGGAAAGCGUGAAGGCGAAAGCCAAGGAGUUUGUGCGUAAGUACAUGUCCAAGUUCGGCGAACAGUACAUACGUCCGCCGGACGACUUAGAUAAUUACGGUUGAGAGUCAUAUACAUAUAUAUACUUCAUAAAAGACAACAAAACAUUUAGGGAAACGGAGCGAAAGUAAAAAAAAAUAAGAAAUGAAAAUGAAAUAUUAUUAAAACAGAUUUUCUAGAGCAAGAUCCACGCAUAUAUAUCUGUGAUAUAAUUAAUUGAAGAAGAGUGCCGUCGCGUACGUUCGUUGGUUUUCCUUCUCUCUUCUAGUGUAAUUUUAUAUUAUUAACAAAAAAAAAACAGUCUUGUGUUCAUUCUGAUCUAAUGAUUGAUGAUUAUAAAUCUUCUCUAUAUAUGUAUAUUUUUUUUUCCACUAAAUCAGGUGUCAAUUUAAACAAUUUCUUUUAUUUCUAUUUG